AUGUUGGUCAGUCCUUUGUUGAUCAUUUGUGCUGCGUCACUUGUCAGCAUCUUUUCUCCCUGGUUGAAGGAACUUCAGGAACCUUCUUUAGUACUACUCCAGUCUGCUAGUGAAGCGUCACGGGACUGUGUCAAGACCGUUUUUAGCGAUUGGUUACACAUUUCGACAACAGGUACCAUUCGCUCGCCUCCUGUGAUCAUCUCUCUGUCUCCCUCGACUGCUAGUACCGUUGUCCUGAGCCGCCCUUGGAACGGCACAAAAGAUUACGUCUUGUUUCCUAGGGAAUCGGCGCUGGCGACUGUCACUUCGUAUAUCAGCUCGCUUAGCUUGGUGAAUCCGUUCAAAGUUGAUCCUCCUCGUUUUCCUUUACCAUCUCGUCGUUACGGCAAGUGUGGAAGCGCGGUCAACGGGGCUGUGACCUUUAAUUGGAUGGCCUUUUGUGCCUGGAAGAGGGUUCUGGCAAAGGCAGAGCGAGUUGUGGAUGAGGAGGCAGCGACUGCCAAGCCCAUAGAAGAUCUCAGGAGGGCCAAGAUAGUGCUCGGCAACAAGAAGGAGUCUUUCCUGAAGGGAGUUCUGGAGGAUAUCGACAAGAUAUCCAAGGAGUCGGAGGCCAGUAAUGAUGAUCGACAAGUCACAAUCCUGGAGCGCCUCUACUACAUUGAGGAUCCCACAUCGUCAUCUGCUGGGCCAACGCUCUUUUCGGAGAAGCGGUGGACAAUCGCCAAAUCGGAAUUCGAUUCGACUUACGUCUGGCGCACUGUUCUGCGAGUCCCGUCAGUUGAUCCCUCGACUGUGAUGUCAGACUUCCUCGUCGAUGCGGCUUCUUCAGGCGUGGUCAUCGGUGAGCGUGAACAAUUCAGAGUGCUCAGACGUCCAACGGGUAUCUUUUUCGACACGCCGAAGCGAGUCGUCGGUUCUUCCAAAAGGCUUGCAACGCCAGCAACCCCUCGGCGCAUACCUGUGGCAGAAAAAUCAGAAGAGUCCGAUCUUGGUGGACAAACACGGCCUGCAGUUACCAGCGACGUUCCACCUUCUGCUCGACAAUUCGACAAUAACGAUGACCUCUGUCAAUCUUUUUCUCAGAGUACCCCUGAACGGACCUCGACUGUGGUGUUUGAUUUCCACGUCAAGGAGCCUUCAGACCCUCAAGAAGAGCCAUCCGUUACCGAAGCAGUUGAUGAUCGUCAGACGUCAUCUCUCCCAAGUCCCUCGGUUGUGGUCGACACCCAAACCGAGUGCACUGCAGAAACAAACGUGAGGCGACGAACAGAAAACACCACAAACUCCUCUACGUCGGUAGACAUCCGGUCGAGGACGCCUCAAGCAUCCGAGCCAACUUCACCGACCGACCAGACACCAUCCUCGACAGCAACAUCCCCGGCCUCGGCAGUUAACGACUCCUCUGCAGGAGCAUCUUCUACGGAUGUGAAGCGACGCGAAGAAGACGUCACAAGCCCCCUGUCGUCGGUAGAUAUCCGGGCGAGGGGACCUCAAAUUCGGCACGGCGAUUCUGCGUCAUCAUCGUCGCCAUCACCGCCCGAUACAACAAACACCAACACCACCAACAUAGUUGAGCCGGGAGACAGUAUCCAAGUCGAGGGCACCUCUGUUGCCAAUGACGAACCGGAGCAAUCUGGUUCUGCCAGUAUCGACUCAGAGGCAACUGCUGUUGUUGAGGAGGGCAGCAGCAAAGAACAGGACGGAUACGAAAGUUCGACUUCGGUCCAGACGGCAAUUUUGACUCCUGUCGUUUCUUUGUCGGUGACUUCGACGACAUCGACAACCCCUCAACCCGAGGCUAGCUCUGCUCCCGAAGAGACCACGCCUUCACAGACUCGUCGAAGGAGGAAUAGGAUGGGCCAACGACAAAGAAGACGGUUGCAUGAACUCAAUGAGAACCAGACGCAAAGGGCGACUCGUGGUGAAUCAGUCAUCACCACCCAUUGCUAG